AUGGGGGCAUAUAGGGCUGAUGAAGAUUAUGAUUACCUAUUCAAGGUGGUGCUAAUAGGGGACUCAGGUGUCGGAAAAUCGAACCUCUUGUCUCGUUUCACCCGCAAUGAAUUUAGUCAAGAAUCCAAGUCCACCAUUGGCGUUGAGUUUGCCACCCGCAGCAUUCAGGUUGAUGACAAAAUCGUUAAGGCUCAGAUUUGGGACACUGCCGGCCAAGAAAGGUAUCGUGCCAUCACAAGUGCAUACUAUCGAGGAGCUGUUGGUGCUCUAAUUGUCUAUGAUGUUACCCGUCAUGUGACAUUCGAAAAUGUGGAGAGAUGGCUUAAGGAGCUUCGGGAUCAUACAGACGUGAACAUUGUGAUCAUGCUCGUUGGAAACAAGGCAGACCUGCGUCACCUGCGAGCUGUUCCUACUGGAGAUGCGACAGCUUUUGCAGAGAGGGAGAAGACCUUCUUCAUGGAAACUUCAGCUCUUGAGGCCCUUAAUGUUGAAAAUGCCUUCACGGAAGUGCUGACACAAAUCUACCAUGUUGUUAGCAGAAAGGCUCUUGACAUUGGAGAUGAUCCUGCAGCUUUGCCUAGAGGACAAACUAUAAACAUUGGAACCAAAGAUGAUGUAUCAGCUGUCAAGAAAGCUGGUUGUUGUUCUGGUUAA